AUGCCUCCCUUUGGCGCCCAGCUCGACGCCAGCAACAACCACGAGGACUGGGAGGACUGGCUGCGCUGGGAUCCCACCGCCGAACCCACCUCGCCAGACGGCGGCACCUUCAACUCAGGGUCUUCCAAGAACGACUCGCCGUUGCAGGACCCUGCUUUCCCGGCCUUUGGCAACACGGACGAAGAACCACUUGUCCCGCCUUUGAUUGUCGAUGGCAAUGACCUGGGCUUUGGAAACGCGACCGACUUCUCUAACGAUGCCUUCCUCUUUGGCACCAAUCACGAUCUCGGCGCCGACUUCGACUUCACCCAAGUCAACUCUCUCCACAACCUUCCUGAUAUUCCCAAGAUCGACACGAACACCGCAGCAUGGCCUCUCCACCCCAACGCGGUAGAAGACCCAAGUGUGUCGCUCUCUGCUCUGUCCAACGACCAGACCCAACAGCUCCAGUCGGCGGUAUCCCUCACCGCUACCACCCCCAGCUUACAACACAGUCCGGAAUCCACUUCGCAUUCCAACUCUCAACCCCGACAAAGCAUAUCGUCCGACUCCCCAGAUCCACCAAAGAAGAAGGGUGGUCGCAAGAGGAAGGCUGAGGCACAGCUGCAGCCUGAGUCAAAGGCAGAGAGUGCGGAUGGCGAAGGAGAUUCGCAGGAUGGAGAGGAUGGACCGAUCAAGAAGACGUCGCAUAACGUUAUUGAGAAACGAUAUCGCAACAACCUCAAUGACAAGAUCGUGGAACUGCGCAACAGCGUGCCUGCUCUACGCGCCUUGGGCCGGGCCAACAAAGGUCAAGAUACUGAAGAUCUUGAAGGUCUUACACCAGCUCACAAGCUGAACAAGGCCACGGUCAUGGCGAAGGCUACCGAAUACAUCAAGCAUCUUGAGAAGCGCAAUAAGACCAUGGCCGACGAAAUGGCCGAACUCAAAGCGCAAUUGUCCAAGGUCGAGGCCGCCAUUGGCAAAUCCAAGGACAGACAGACUAGUAGCAGCCCUCCUUCGACAGCUACAUCUCGGUCUCGAGAAGCAUCCACGGCAUCGCAGACAGGUGCCUCAAGUUUCCUUAAUGUCCCACAGGACCAGUCGAGAUAUGGCCAGACAGGAGUGCAGCAGCAGCAGUACAUGCAACAAGGGCAGCCCACAUAUGCCAGGCCACCCAACCCGCCAGUGGAAGCACAGAACCAGCCGCAAUAUGUCAAUGGUAGAGGUGGUGGGUUCAUGAACAAGAUGAUGCUUGGCACCAUGGCUGGUGUCAUGGUCAUGGAGGGCUUCACCGAGCAACAGCAAGGCGAGCAUGAUACAUCUCUUGGCGCCAUCCCAACCACCUUGUUCAAGCGCUUCGUCGACGGUUCGUCAUCAUCUCCAAUGAGCAUGUCACGACAGGCAUUCGUGCCACUUCUGAAGUUGGUGCUCGUCGUCGGCGCUUUGGUCUACUUGCUCUCUCCACUGCUCAGCUUCUCUCCACGGCGAACGCAGAAACGACGAAUGUCGGCUCAACUUCCCAAGGCUCCAUCACUGGCGUCUCCUGUCGAGGUUCGCCGUAAGGCUUGGGAUACCGCCAUCCAAACUGUCUGGGUGCCCAAGCACUUCCUCUUGGAGGUUGUUGCCGUCUGUCUCAAGAUGAUGCAACUCAGUUUGCGCAGGAUCAUCGGAUCAGAGGCUUUCACGAACCUGACGGGCACCAAUAAAGAAGAAGAGGCUGCUCGCAUCAAGGCAUGGGAUAUCGCCAUCGACGCUCAGCUGGCUGGCGGUGAUGCGCAAGUAUCCUACUACCGACUGCUGCUGACACUGAUGGAGAGUGGAACGCUCCCAGACUCUCCGGCACGGCUCAUGCAGAAGGCCGUCCACUUCCGCGUCUUCUUCUGGGAGGUUGCCAAUGCUGGCUAUGGCAACAUGGUCGGCUUCAAGCAGUUUACCGAGAAGGUUGGCCACUUCUACUGGGAUUCCGCAAGAAGGCUUCACAAAGAGGUCACGGCAAGAGCACAUGACGGAGCGAUCAGCGAUGACGAGGAGGUAGAGCCACUGCCAGACCACCUCGCGCGUCUUAUAGAAUUGGACUGCGACGAAGUGCUGAGUGACGAGAUGAUCCAACGUGCUUGGAAUCUUGCAUGGAAUAAGUCCAGCGCAUACGCCCUUGUGCCCAAUGCUGCCAAAGACAGCGUGGUCGAAGAUCAUGCAAUCCGCUCUCCACUCGAUGCGGUUGCGGCAUGGUACACUAACACGGUCCUGGACGACACGCUCGCUGAUGCUGUCAGCGACAACCCGUCCACCUUCGACACAGAGUACUAUGUCGGACUUGCUCUCAGCGUCGCACCGCCAGCAUCCAGCACACACGUAAGGGCUCUCGCUGCAAAGGCAGUACUGUCGAACUCGAACAGGGAGUCCAACAUUGUCGUCGCGCUGGAGGCUCUGCCUGUGCUUUCGCCAACCGGCGGCAUGAACCUGGUUAGCCACGCACCCGCCUCGCCUGACGUUUGCACUGCUUUGACGCUGGCUAAGCUGAUCUCGCUAUCAUCUUCGUCGUCGUCCAGUACUGCUCGUGAGCGGGCAUACACCGCACUGAGCAAUCUGCAGCUUGCACCAGGAGAUUUCACUCUACUUGCCGCUGCCGCAGCGUUCCGACUGUUGCGCGUCAUGGUUUCACGGAAGAACUUACCUAUCAUCGCCCAGCGUGGUAUGGAGGACCUUGCAGGCAGUCUACGGGUCUGGGUAGGCACUUCUGCGGGUCGGGAAAGUGGUCUGGGACACGAUGAGCGAAGCAGAGUGGUGAAGCUAUGCUUGGGCGUGGCCAAGCAACUUGGAGGUUGGGACGAGCGAGACAGUGGCUAUGGCUCUGCGGUGCAGAGUCAAAGCUCUAGUCCUGUGCGCUCGAACGCGAGCCCGGUUGUUGUUGUGACUUAG